UAUUGGCGGCUCGAUAUAACACGUACUAAUAAUAAGUUCAGAUUGGAUACGGUAGGCAUCGCAGUUGACGCGCCGAUUUUAUCUUCGUUGAAUAUCGCUAUUACGAACGUGUCGUAAACAACGCAGUGAUCAUGUCAUAACUGUUGACAAUCAUACUUAACUAUAUGCGAGAGAAGCCGGGAAACUUUUAUCGUUUAUACGUAUUGAUAGUAUAUGUUGUUUUCUUUUUGAUCUUAUAUACCAGCGGAUGAAGCGUGACCGAUUUUUAAAUUCGAACGACGAAUGUAUAAUCGAUGUCGCAUCAACGGUAAUCAAGUAAAAAUAAACUUAACGUUAUUUUUACUUGUACAGUUAACGUUAACACACCGUUGAAAGUUUAUUCAGAAUUUGUUCAAUCGGCCUUAUUAUCAUGCAACGCAUCGUUAGCAAUUUUAAAAGCUAAUGGACAUUUCCCGAUAACGCGGAAUGAAACGGUACGAUCUAUGAUCGCGGGACCGUUUAAUCUUUUUCAGUGAUCGAAAAUUUCGUACACGUAAAAAAUACAUGUGAGCUGUUUACCAAAACGGAUUAUGUCGUAUUUAAAUGUUGACAAAUAUCUGUUUAUGUCAAGAUAAAUCCUUGUUGCUGACUUUGUGACAAUUUGCAUUGUUAAUAACAAUGUCUAUUGGAAAUGAACAAUUCAUUAGAUCCAGAUUUUGAAGAAUUUAAAUUUUCUGAUCAGAGCAAAAUUUGGAAGGACGAUGCACUGGACGAUAUACAAAGAUUUGGUGAACAUAUAGAUGAUCAAAAUUCAAUUUUUUCUUUACAAUUUCCAUUGUUAAAUUGCGAAAUUUGUAGUAAACAGUUUAUAUCAAAAAAACAGUUACGUAUUCACAUAUAUACACACUUAGGAAGACCACGUAUAGUUUUGAAAAGAAUUGCAAAUCUGAAAAGUGUUAAAAGAAAAUAUAGUAAUACGUAUUGGCUAGAUCCAGGGAAAAAGGGUUCUUUGAAACUGACAUUAAAAAAACAAACAUUUUGCGAUUCACUGAAACUUACGCUUAAAAAAUCAUCCGAAUCUGAAGAUUUUGCCGUUGUAAACACCAACAUUAAUCUGGGUACAGAAAAUCAUUGUCGGGAAGACGUGGCUGGGACUGAGGACGAUGAUCAAACGCGCGAUAAAAAUACAGAAAAUUCAAUUAAUCGGUCAUUCGAAAACGUGAUGGUAGAGCAACAGGACGAAUAUGGGAACGUUAAGUUUAAUACCCACGAUCAUAAUCUAUUGGAAGAAAAUGAUAGACCAUCCAUAGAUAUAAACGAGGGUGAUUCGGGCGUAGGGAGUGAUAUGGCAAAUCCAUCCGAGAAAGAAGAUCAAAAUGUCGAUGAUCUUCAAAACACGGAUCAAUAUGAGAAUUCGGAUAAAAGACUUUCUGAAACGGAAGAUCACGAGGAAUCGGAUGCAUUGGAGGCGACAUGUCGUGAAACAAUUGAAAACCUGAAAAAGCUUGGCGAACAAUCUGGAUCUAGGUCUAUGAGUCAAUUAAUCGAUAACUCAAAUAUCGAAGAGGACGAUGACAGGCACGAAACGAAUAUGACACACGAUUUAGAAGAAAAUCCAGCUAUUAAUAUUAUUUCAAAGUCUUCUACGUUCUCCAAUCAUUCGACGAAUUGUGGCGAUAGCGAGGAUAAAGGUGAAGAAACAGCGGAAAGCACGGCAGGUUUCAGUUGGAACCAGUUAUCUACUAAUUUGGCGAAUAAAACUAACGAGGUUCCUAAAGAAAACGAUGAACAGUCCGAUCAUGGCGGUGAGAGUAAUAUCGAGAAUGCUGGAUCUCUUUUACAGAACUUGAUCGAUCAUCAAAGGCAUAACCAAAAUGAAACGUUAUCGAAUAAUUUACCGUCUGAAACUGAAUAUGUUUCACUCGAGAAGUUAGCCGAGACUGUUAGCACGUGUCGCGUCUGCAACGAGAAAUUCAAAGAUAUAGCUCAUCUGGAUGAGCAUCGCAGCAAAGCUGGACAUUAUCAGUGCAAUAUUUCGGAAUGUAUUAAUUUAAUUUUUCACUCACCGUUAGAAGUGUCAAUGCAUAAAGCUCAAAUCCAUGGAACUCCUCUUUCACCGAGCGUGAGCCAAUUGUCUCCACAUUUGAAUCCGAGUUCACCGCAUUUGAAUCAGAAUUCACCCCAUUUAAGUCAAACGUCUCCGCAAUUGAAUACGCAUUCGCCUCAUGCAACCUCUAUGGAAUCUCCAAAUACGCCGAAUUCACAGCAACUAAACAGAAUUUCUCCAUUAAAUUCUCCUCAUCAAACAAAUUCGCCUACGUAUAACGCAGUAGCUAAUACUGGACAGCAGAUACUACCGCCCGUUAAUUUCGAGCAGUUACCUGCACCGGUACAACAGCUGGCUCAACAAGUGCAACGUAUGCCACUCCCGCAAACGCAAAUGCCUCCAAGUCUUCCACCAGGUGCUAAUACAAUGAUCCCUGGCCCAAAUUACUUUGUACAGCCACCAGGAAGACCUCCGCUAUAUAGGGUACCUGGUCCGCAGAGCAUGCAUUAUCCUCCUCAUAUAGCACAUCUGUAUUCGCAGUAUGGGCCAGGCCCAUACCCGCAAAUGACUGCACCGCCGCAAAUGCAUCCUCAAUUGUCUCAACAAAUUUCACGUGGAAGGUAUCCUACCGUUGCACAAAGUAGUCGGGCACCGCGGAUUCCACAAAAUGGAUCUACUCCGCGGCAACGUAUGAAACGUCCUUUACAACAAACGGUACAAGCGCAACAACAGAAUAAUUCUGCGAUAAAACAGCGACGAAUGGAUGUUUUGUUACCAGACAGGAACGAAGACGCGGAUUGUCACGUUAUCGCUCAGCAAAAACGAAACGACGGUUUACCUGUUAUACAAAAUGUCCAAGGUGCUACCACUCAACAGUCUAGAAACGAUUCUACUAUACAUCUGACGGAUUCUAUAACGCUCAGUGUUCGGCAACCAGGUUCCGCUCCAGCUCAAGUGCAGAAUACAUCAGGUCCCGGUAGCAAGAAGUCUGAUGCAAAGGCUGUGGCCAAUGUACUAGCAGCCAGAGGUAUUACUGUUACUCCAGCAGCAAAUAAAAAUAAAUCAAGCGAACAAAACAAACAGCAGAUACCUUCCCAGCCACAGAAGACUACACCUUCACAGCAGCCUUUAAAUUUUACAGCGCUCACUCUGAAUUCUGCUAUUUCUAUCAUACCAGCUCAUUCACAAAAAAAGCAGCCGGAACAGGGUCAGUUUGCUGUUCCCCAGAACAAACAGAAUAAGACGGCCGUGAACGAAGUGGAAAGACCACCGAGACCACCUACCGUAGAUUUAACGCAAGAUGGCCCACCGCAAAUGCCAGUAGUCAGGCGUGGUAGACCUCCACGAGCACUUCUUACUUGUCAGGUAUGUGACAAAAGUUUUCAGAAUCAAGAAAUGUUAACGCAACACAUGGCUACGCACCGUGCGCCUAGUAAACUGCUUCAUAAAUGUAAUCUCUGUCCUGCCCAAUAUCCGACAGCUCAAGCGCUGUUGACGCAUAAACAGGCGUAUCAUAAGGAAGUUGAUACCGUAGCACAAAAUGGUGGUGCAGAAUUAGCGUUGCCGGUUGUAGAUCUAAAAUCUCCUCAUGUGUUGAACAGAUUAUCAAAUCUUGGUAUACAGAGCUAUAUUCCGCUGUCGCAGCUUAGCGCUCAGACCGGCGGAUAUUUUGGUUUACCGAUUAUCACGAUAGACGGUGCACGAAAUCCUAAUACUUGUAAUUUAGGUGCACUUGGUGCUACAUCUAUUUUAAGUCUAGGCCCUCUUAAACACUUGUCAAACAGGUAACUGUGGACAAUUUUACGUUUAGUCUAUGUUUUUCUACUUUUUUUUACCCUAGUAAUGAGUAUCUUCGUACUUUUCAUCGGUAGCGAUCGCUUAUCACGAGUAUUACUGUUGUUGUCUAUCUACGAUAACCGAUUAUUCUUUUCUCUCUUCUUUUUUCGCUUUUUCGCUUUUUCGCUUUUUCUUUUCUAUUUUCUGAAUUGGCAAGCAACCGUAAAUGGAAUUUUUAAUAAUUCGCUCUUUGCACACUGACUCAAAGUAAAUUCAACAGUUUUGUUUCUCCGUUACUUCGAACGUUUUUCUAGUUAAUUCGUGUCGUAAUUAUUAUUAGUUUAUGUAAUCCUAAAGCAAUACAGUAUUUCUAAUAAGGAUUGAAAAGGUGUUCGUGUUAAUUUUAGAAAUAAUACAGAACAAGAUUUAAAAUACAUAAUCACUAUGAGAAAAUAGGAUAUCUGUAUAUGUCAUGUAUUAUGAGAAAAAGUUUUUAAUACGCUACUUAAAAAUUGCGUGCAAAUCGACGUCUCUAUUAGUAUAUUUUUUUUAAUAAAACCAUCGGAUAACAACUUAUCUUCGAGAGUAAAUAUGCCGUACAGGUAAACUAUGGUUCCAGGAUAUAGUGCCACGUUUUCAUCGGCAUAAAAGAGAAAUCAUAUUAUUAUGUGUAACGUUUCAACUACGAAGUUGUAUUAGGAUUCUUAUACGUGAGAAUAGAAAAGAAAAAAGUUCGUUAAGCUUUUAAAUUUUCAACGAAUCGUAUUGAUUUUACUACGCGAAAAUAAGUAUUCUUUUAAAUGAAUAUUAGAGAAUAAUGUCGCGUGAAUUUGUAUCAUUUGAAUCGCGUCGUGGUGCACUUUUUUUUUCAAAUCUGAUAUACGGGGAACAUGAAUGUAUGCGCUAUGAAAAUUACCGCUAAUGUACCUAAUCAGUAGAUUCGUUUCGAUUCAGAAGUACGAUGUACGUUGGAUACUUCAAAGAAUUCCCCCAGAUAGUAAGUGACUGUAUAAGAAAUACGUCAUGUUGUUGAACCACGUCCGUUUUUUCAACGAGUUUAUUACACGGAAAAGCGUGCAGAGUUAAUACGAUAAAAGCUACGAGAAUUCAUUAUUUUUCUGUCGAACAAUUUUAUUUCACGGUUAGCAGAUUAUUACGACACGUGGCCGGUUGUAAAUAUAUUUUGUAAAAAGAAAGGAUUACAACUAAAAAAAGCAUACGCUCGUUUAUACGUGAAAUCUUUAUGAAGAUACUAAUAAUUAUGUAAGAUUUAAAUAGCCAACAUUGAGUAUAGUUCUUAUAUCACACGCAAUUUUUUUAUUUAUUACCAUUCCUGUUGAACAUUGUUCUAUGUAAAUAAUUAUCAUUCUUUGUGUACUGUCUAUACUUUAAGUAAGCAAUCCGUUCCGUUUAAAUUAUAAAAGGCGAUAACGGUUACUAAAGACACAAGAACUGACUUAAAAAAAUAACGAUAUUGUAUAUAUUUGUAUGAUAAUAAAAGAAUGAAGUAUAUGAUAAUUUCAAUUA